GUCCGUGUACAGGCGGAUGAGAGCAGUAUAUAAGAGCUCAGCCCUGUCGACGAGCCGAGCACUCACCAUCUCCUACUCACAUUUCUCCCCCUCGACACCAAUAGUCAUGCAGCUCACCACGUUCCUCCCUCUUCUCCUCGCCACCCUCACCCUCGCCAACCCGCUCGUCCCACGCGACGACUUUUACCAGGAGGCCUACGCCAGCACCGACUGCUCCGGCCCCGUCCUCGCGCGCAUCGACGACGGGAACGCCAACUGCAACAGCCUCCCCGCAACCGCGUACUCGCUCAAGUCGUACGGCCCGGGCUGCUGUGGCGCGGCCCUUUAUGCGGAGGCCAACACCUGCACGGGCAGCAGCGAGUGGGUCUCCGCGGGUGCGAACGACGGGGAGUGCAUUUCUUACCCUAAUGGGAUCAAGCAGUAUGUGGGGGGAUGCUGCUAAGCGGA